AUGGUUCUGGCAAUUCUUCUCUGCUUGCCUUUGCCAUGUGCUCGCACCGAGGCUUUGGUGCUUCCUGCCAUCGAAAAUUUUGCAUUAAGCAGCCCUGAGGAUAUCCACCGCGCUUUAUCGCCAGCUUGGGAAGUGCUGGUGGAGCAGCGGAACGCUGCAGGUCUCGUGCCUGCUAGCCAAGAAGGCCAGCCUCAGCAACCCAUGGGUCGUGACGAAGCGGCUUUUCAGUAUCGACGCGUGCAAGACGGUCAGGUGGACUCCGCCCGGCUUUUGCUCGUGUUCGGGUUGGUACCGUCCGCCAGGCAUCUGGACCCAUCCACUGCCGAGCUCUUCCGGCGGGAGCGUGCGAACUCCAAGUCAAAAGCCAGUGGGCAGUUGGCAACGUUGAGCGCAUUCCAUCGAUAUGCCGAUGGGUCCAUGCCUCUUCACCUGGCAGUCACGUUUGGUCUUUCGGAGUCUGUGGAUGCUUUGUUGCAUGCCGGUGCUGACGUCCAUGCUACCUCUGAUUCAGGUGUCUUGCCAAUCCAUGCCUCUGCCAUUGCCGGCCAUCGCUACUCUCUGGAUCUGCUCGUGGAAGCACGAGCCGACCCCAAUGCUCCACACGGCUUUGCUGGGACCACUGCAAUGCACUUCGCUGCCGAAAUGGGUCACUCGGAGGUAGUGCGGCGGCUCUGCGAACUUCGUGCUGAUGUGGAGGCAUCGAAGGCCCAGGGAGGUACGGCUCUCCACACAGCUGCCGAUACGAACAACUCGGCUGUGGUGCAGGCCCUCCUGUCGGAGCCUUGUUCCUGCGACCCUGAAGCGCUGUUGCUGGGCGACACGCCGGCCCUGUACCUGGCAGCUUCUCGAGGCUUCCCGGACGUGAUCGAGGCCUUGCUGGCUGGCGGCGCCAACCCUGACAGGACUCUGCGUCAACGAAGUGGGAGUGGAGGCAAAGGGUCCAAGGCUCCUUUGACUGCGGACUCUGCGGCUGCGAGUCUUCCGGGCAGCAGGAAGGACAUGCCGGGCUUCGAGGAGGCGAACGGUGCCACGGCGCUGCAUGCAGCCUGCGAGAACGGUCACCUGGUGGCAGUGCAGGUGCUGCUGGACGCCGGGUCCCGGCAACUAGCAACGAUGCAAGGUGUAACCCCGCUGAUCACGGCGCUCCAAUACCGCCAGCGAGCGAUUGCCCGGGUGCUGCUGGAGAGCAGGACUCCCGCCAACGUGCACGUGGUGUCUCCUGCAGAUGGGCAAACGGCCCUGCAUGUUGCGGCGGCGUAUGGCUUUUCGGAGGUCGUCGCCGGCAUCUUGCGUCAUGGGGGAGCUCCCGAUGUCCGAGAUGCAGCAGGUCAUACUCCUAUGGACUAUGCCCGAGACAAGUUGGUUCUAUGGUUGCUGAGUCGUUUUCAUGGUCGAGACGGCCUCUUGGACGACAUUGUCCGCAGCAACAUGAUCAACGGGCCGGAGGAAAUCACAAGCCGUAUAGACGAAACGAAAGUGCCAACCUUCAAAAAGGAUCUGUACAAGAAGUACCUGCGAGCACACGAGGAGGGCCUCCUUCCAGAAUUGUCGUCUGACCUUGUGACACAAGCGCGCGCAGGCACUGCUGAAGCGCUGCAGCACCUCGCCGUGGCACGAUUCAUACUGGCCGGCGCCAGCGACGUGCCGGUAGCGAUCGAGGCACUACUUCAUCGCAACGAGGCCUCACUGUGGUCAGCCUUGAUAUUGCUGGGCAUCCCUGUGCGGGAUCUGCACUAUGUACCUGGCAAGGAGCUGCUGCUGAAUGGCAGGGACGUGCACCACGUGCUGCAAAAGAUGCUUUCUGUCACCCAGGCGGUCGAAAGCCUCGACCGUGCCGUCAUCGAGCCUCUGUUGCAUCAGCUCCGAUCGACUUCCGAGCCCGCUGGCACGGAGCCCCAGGAUCACCACCUCGAUCUCGAUCUCUGA